AUGCCUGCAGCGGGGCGACCCUUGGCACCCCUGCGAACAUGGCGCUGUGAGUGGCCUGGAUCAUGCGCGCCUGCUGCACCCUGCUCGCCUCUGCCCUGGCAGCUGUGGGCUGGCCCCGUCUGGACACUGCGCACUGGACCCGCUCUGCUCUUGGUGGGUAAAUUCACAGAGAAACAUGAAUGGAUAACAACAGAAAAUAGUAUUGGAACAGUGGGAAUCAGCAAUUUUGCACAGGAAGCUUUGGGAAAUGUUGUUUAUUGUAGUCUGCCUGAAGUUGGGACAAAAUUGAAAAAACAAGAUGAAUUUGGUGCCUUGGAAAGUGUGAAAGUUGCUAGUGAACUCUAUUCUCUAUCAGGAGAAGUAACUGAAAUUAAUGAAGCCCUUGCAGAAAACCCAGGACUUGUCAACAAAUCUUGUUAUGAAGAUGGUUGGCUGAUCAAGAUGACACUGAGUAACCCUUCAGAAAUAGAUGAACUAAUGAGUGAAGAAGCCUAUGAGAAAUGUAUAAAAUCUAUUGAGGAAUUAAAGUGGAACCCUUACAUGAACUAG